AUGUCGUCGUCAGAGCCAGCCUAUGGCGUGAACGGAACCGCGGACGAACAGCGUGUGGUCUAUUCGUCCUCGAUAUUGUUUGAAAAGCAACCGCUAGAGGCCAUGGAGGCCUUGAUGAUUCGGCGCCAGCAGGCCAAAUUGAUCAAUAAGGAAUUGGCGGAGUGGUUCACCGCGUACGGGCGCUUGCGCUUGCACUACGUGGAGGAGUUGAAGAAGAUUCACAAGCGGGGCCAGACGCUGUUCACGGACUCGUCGCCAGCUUUACAAAACAGCAAGUUGGACGCAUUGGGGCUCUGUAACCCAUUGUGGUCGGACGUGCUCAAUAUCUUGGACGACGAGAUUAACCUGUUUGACCAGAGCACCCGCAAGAUGGGCAGAGACAUGAUUGCGCCCUUGAGGCUCUUCACGAGAAACAACGACUCGAACUUGGCAGAAAUGGACGAGUUGAGCAAGCUCGCAAGCAACUUACAGAACCCCGAGGGCACCAGUCCCGAGAUCUACGAGGACGAAUGGGCCAGAAGAGCACCUUAUUUUUUUGAGAUUUUUGAAAACUACGAUUACCAGAGACUGCUCUUGUUGAAGGACAUCUUCCUUAAGUACCAGACAGACGUCGGCGAUGUCGUUGGAAAAUUCAAGAAAGAUAAUGAGAAUGGACUGGAGCAUGCUUUGAACUUCAGUGUAGAUGAUGAGAUCAAGAGGUUCUCUCAAGAUGUCAUUGCCACAAAGUUACCGAUCGAGAACAUCAAAGUCGCAAAAGCCGAUAAGUCAAGAACCAGCACAGAUGGCUUCACCACAUCUCCAGCAGCCGCCACCGAGCCUUCUUCCACCUUCAGCAGCAAGCGCCACUCUGGUUUAUUGUCCCCACGUCGUUUCCACAUCAAAAAGAACGGUGGUGAACACGAAAGCGAGAGCUCCGCUCCUUCCAGCAAUUUGAAUCCAGAUUCCGACCAGGCAUCAUCGUCCAACAUAAGCAAACGCCACACUUCAAACACCUCCAUGUUAUCGUCUAACACCGCAGCAGCCGCUAACAACAAGAAAGAGAAAAAUUCUAUGCGUUCUAAAUUCGGCUCAAUUUUUAAGAGUCACAAAAAAGGAGGCAGAGACUCAAUGUAUGUCCCACCUUCAGCAAUCCACGAACCUGACAAUGCUUCCAUCAACACCGAAACUACAACGGGAAGCACGCGUGCCCGGACACAACGUCAAAGAAACCAGUCAGUGGCUUCCAACGCUACUCCGUCCCAAGCAUCCGUCAGACAAUACCGUCAACAAGAAGACCAGGCUUACAAGAGUGAAGAAACCCCUAGUCGUGAAGCUACACCUGUGAAACAAUCUCAACACCCGUACAGACAAUCCACAAAUUACUCCAACAACAAUCUCAGCAACACCAACAUCAACAGUAGUGCAGAGACCAAGCCAUUACCUCAAUAUCCACUUGCUCAAAAGUCACGUCAAUCUUUCCAGCCACCACCUCCACCUCCACAGCAGCAACAACAACAACAACGUCCAGUCGUUCAAGAAAGACCCACUGAGGCUUCUCUAUUCGAGCCAAUGCGUCCUACAAAGAGAUCCGAUUCUUUGUCAAGCUCUAAUGUCCCACAAGUAGGAGGCCUGGCCAGCGCCUCAACCGGUACAAGUGAGUCUGUAGCAACUCCACCAAUAACAAGCACAAGUGCAAUGACCUCAAUUCCACCUGUCUCUCGUGAAAUGGAAAACAUCCCAGAAAGUUCUCCUCUCGUCGCGUCCCCUCCUCCACCACCACCUCCUUCGUCUAGAAAGCAUUUGAGCACCGACAUGUCUAUGCUUAACGCACCUCCUGCUGCAAGACAACCUCACGGUUCUGUUCCUGUUCCACCAAGUCAACGUAGAAGUGUCUCAAAUGAUCAAAUAUUGCAACCAGCUGCCACAGGUACUCACCAACCGGAUAAUACUUCCAACCUUCUCGCCAAGAACACCACUGGUGGAGGUAGCUUGAUGGGCGGACAAAUUAUGCACCCCUCAUUAACCACUCCAGGUCUCAACUCUUCCAUUGUUGAAUUGUUCAACGCAACUUUCAAAGAUGGGAAACUGGCCCGCUCAAAUGCCAUUGGUGAAGUGGCAUUUUCCUUCAUCGUAGAUGAAACAAAUAAGAAACUUCCGAACGAAAUAGGCCUACAAAUCUCAUCUAAGUCAAAUGGACUCCUUCCAAACUUUAUGGUGAAUCCGAUGUUCUUACAACAGUCUGCAACAUCACCUGGAUCUUUCAGUAUUUCAGACCCUACUCAAAUAUCGAUGAGAACUGUCGGGGGACUGAAGUAUAUGUUGAAUAACCCAACACCUCCAAUUGUUAUCACCCCAAUUUGGAAGCAUGAAGAUAAACAGUCAACCGUUAUUAUUUCAAUCAAGCCAACAAGUGAACUCGAAUCUUACUUGGCGCAUGAAUCUUUAUCUUUAUCAAAUAUAAUGGUUUCUGUUUCUAUCCAGAAUGCCGUGGUACUAUCAGCUGCAACUAAACCACCUGGUUCCUUAAACAAAGAAAAGGGACGUGUUACUUGGAUCUUACCUCACCCAAUUGUUUUCAACUUUUCCAAAAAGGAAGAACGUUUAGUUGCCAGAUUUAUAACCAAUUCAAGGGCUUCUGAGAGUGAUACUGGUGUUCAAAUGAGAUUUAACAUCUCCAACGAAGAUGGUGCAGGACGAAUUGAUUUCUUGAACACUGAUAUGGAAAUCAAAGCCAGUGGUGUUAGUAUGGUUGAGGAUCCAUUUGGGGAUGGGAUCAGUAAGCAAAUAGAUGAUUGGUCUGAAGUCCCAACAUUGAAAAGUUUAGUGGCUGGUAGUUAUUCCGGCCAUUCAUGA